GAUUCACGUGCAUUCUUUGCUUUGAUAUUAAGCAAAUAUAUAAUCUAUACACAAUAUAAUAUAGAUGAUUCAGAUCGGAAGCAGUGAGAAGUAGUGGAGGCACAAGUGUAGGUUCCAUCUCCGUUUUCCAGUGUCGGAUCAUACUCAUAGCGCAAUGGCCAAUCCCUCCGGCGGAAGAAAGCCAAUCACACAUGUCGUUUUUGACAUGGACGGUCUCUUGCUCGACACAGAGAAAUUCUAUACUGAAGUUCAGGAAACUAUACUGGCUAGAUACAAUAAAACCUUUGAAUGGCCCCUCAAGGCAAAGAUGAUGGGAAUGAAAGCAAUAGAAGCUGCAAAGGUCUUUGUUGAAGAGACUGGAAUCAGUGAUUCACUUAGUGCUGAGCAAUUUCUUGUAGAAAGAGAAGAUAUGCUGAGGAGUUUGUUUCCAACAAGUGAGCUUUUGCCAGGUGUUAGCCGUUUGCUCAAACAUCUACAUGCAAAAGGAGUUCCUAUUGCCGUGGCAACGGGUUCUCACGGGCGACAUUUUGAAUUGAAAACGCAAAGACACGGUGAAUUGUUUUCUCUGAUGCAUCAUAUUGUUCUUGGUGAUGACCCUGAAGUUAAACAGGGAAAACCAUCACCUGAUGUAUUUCUUGCUGCAGCCAAGAGAUUUGAGGGUGGACCAGUAGAUCCAAAUAACAUACUUGUUUUUGAAGAUGCACCCUCUGGAGUUCAAGCAGCUAAGAAUGCUGGGAUGUCAGUUGUUAUGGUUCCUGAUCCGAGAUUGGACAAAUCUUAUCAGGGUGCCGCAGACCAAGUUUUAAAGUCAUUGUUGGAUUUCAACCCCAGCGAGUGGGGUUUACCUGCAUUUGAAGACAAUGGAAGUUAAAUGUGAGUUUCCAAGACCGUCAAUUUUAUUUUAUUGGGGGCAUAAAAAGCAUUACAUAUUUAUGGAUUUAUUGUUUAAUCCAUUUCCAUGGAGUUCUAGUUACACUAUUGGAUAUUAAUAUUAUCGUGCUUGGUAAUAAUAUUACUACAAAUCAAUAUCGGCC